AUGGCGGCCGGUGGAGAUGGGUAUAAGCUAUUAUCCGUUACCCCGAUCGAUCACUUCCUGAGUCUGCGCCUUCUUCUUGCAAAGCUUACUGGCGCCGGUGGCGGUGGAUUUGCCAUCGUACUGCCUCGUUCAGACGUUAAGGGGGAUGAUGAGCAAGCACUCAAGGAGGAUUUAGCGAUGGAGGGAUUCGAAAAGUAUGAGAUGGCUGGGGUUGGUUUGCUUUUCCCUGCCUUGUUCAGAAACGGCUCUGAUGGGGAGAUCGAGGGUGUGAACUUUGACGCGUUCGAGAAUGCUCUUGAUGCUCGGUCUAUAGAGGACUUGGUUGGGAUAGGGGGACAGGCUGACCGGGAAGGAUGGCUGUUCUGGAGCAGGAGUUGA